GCCGCCGCCGCGCCUGAGUCAGCAGAGCCCGCCGCCUGCCCGCCGCCGGCCCGCCGGCCUCGGUGCUCUGUCCGGCCCGCGGAGCUGCCGGCUGGAUCCCGUAGGACGAUAAGAAAAGGAGAUCUUCUGCCUUAUUCUACCUUCUGCAGAUUGAUCGUAUCCUGUGCUGAAGAUGUUUCCAGAACAACAGAAAGAGGAAUUUGUAAGUGUUUGGGUCCGAGAUCCUAGGAUUCAGAAGGAAGACUUCUGGCAUUCUUAUAUCGACUAUGAGAUAUGUAUUCAUACCAAUAGCAUGUGUUUCACAAUGAAAACGUCCUGUGUACGAAGACGAUACAGAGAAUUUGUGUGGCUGAGACAGAGACUCCAGAGUAACGCACUGCUGGUGCAACUGCCAGAACUUCCAUCUAAAAACCUGUUUUUCAACAUGAACAAUCGCCAGCACGUUGAUCAGCGUCGUCAGGGAUUGGAAGAUUUCCUCAGAAAAGUCCUACAGAACGCACUUUUGCUUUCAGAUAGCAGCCUUCACCUCUUCCUGCAGAGCCAUCUGAACUCGGAGGACAUCGAGGCGUGUGUUUCUGGGCAGACCAAAUACUCAGUAGAAGAAGCCAUUCAAAAGUUUGCCUUAAUGAACAGACGUUUCCCCGAAGAAGACGAAGAAGGAAAGAAAGAAAAUGAUGUAGAUUAUGAUUCAGAAAGUUCAUCCUCUGGGCUUGGACACAGUAGUGAUGACUGCAGUUCACAUGGAAGUAAAAUAAGUACAGCUCCGCAGGAAUCUUGAAAAAUAAUUCUAAUGGUACUAUAUUAGGAAUAGCAAAUUGUGUUAAGUCAUAGAGAAGAAAGCCUGCUAAUAAUAUAUUCUUACCUAAAGCUCACGGUCAUGAUACUAUGUAUUUAAAUUGUUAAACACGGUGGCUUCAUUAUUAGUGGUACGUAUUUUUAUGCUGUCUAAUUUUAGUCAAGCUUCUGUAUAAAGCUAAAAGCCUGUGAACGCCAUACUUUCCUUUAUUGCCAAAUAUUAUUGGUAAACAAGAUCCUGCCUUCCAGCGAAAUGAUUUCUAUGUGUAAAAACCCCACGCUGGCUUUACUGAAUUUUAAAAGAUAGUAUAUAGGUAGUAUUUAAAAUUGAGCCAGAGCAUUCCUUCUGUAUCAAGAGGGCAGUUACUGUAAACGCGGCAUGUGUGAUGUUAGCCACUGUGAGGAUAGCAGUGUGGAGCAGACUGCCUCAGACCUGUGGCAGGUAUGUGGUAGAUACCUUCCCUGCACUGGCCAAACACUUUGCUUUUGAAUGUUCAACUGAAAUAUUUAAGAGUAAUUAAUCUUUGCAGUAUUCUGUUUCACACUUUGGUGGAAAAUAUAUCUUAUGAAUAGAGAUGUAUUAAGAUAAUGUUUACAUCUUAGAAAAAACAGAAAUAGUGUUAGUCAUUUUACUUAUGUUUGCAAAUGUACAUUCAGAAAUACAUUUUCAUUGUCUAAAAUCAGCUUAAACAAAUGGUUUCUGGAAAUAAAUCAUUUGUUUUCAUUACUACUGUGUCAUUAGAAUUAUAGGUUAAUGAUUUAUUUUCUGACCAAAUAUGUAAUUUCUUAUCACUACAUAGCCUUCAUUAUCAGUGAUGGCUUCUUACUACUUAAGUCAGAAGGAUCUUAUAAAAAUUACUGAAUUUAAUUUUACCAAUAAGUAUUCCCAUCAUUUGGAAAAGGAUGUCAACUUGCCAGUUUCAGAGUUCAUUAUUCAUUUUUAAAAAGGUUUUUCGUUUUAGGCACCUACCUGAAAGUUGAUAUUUUAAUAAAAUGUCUGUAUGUGCAUGUGUGGCCCAAAGAGAAAAUGUUUCAGAUAAACUACUUUGAACUUUAAAUUUCAGAUGUGCCAGCAUUUUCUUGAGAUAAUGAUCCAAGUUUCUUCCUGAUUGAAUAGUACAAAAUCUUCACAUAGCUGGGAUAACUUGUUGCUUUAAUGUUACCCCGCCUGUAGAUGGGAACCAAGGCUGCUACAAAAGGCAGCUUUUUUAUUUUAACUAUGAGUUUAAAAGUUGUAUUAUUAAAAAGUAUUCAAAGUGUUUAUUUUAAAAAACAACAAAAAUGCCCCAGAAAACUAAGAUCCAGCAAAAAAUUAGAUUUAGAAUAAUUUCGUUAUCUAAAACAUUAUUAAACUAUUGUAAAAUGUUGAUUUAAUGUACCUUAUAUUCUAUUAUUUUAUCAUCUAAGACUUAACUGUUUUAAUACAGAGAAAAAAGCCAAGUAGGAGUUAUUUUGCUAAUGUAUGAAGUUUGCAUCAGAGCAGUCUCCUGCUCUUUACCAACACGGAUUUGAAUUCAUACUAUUUCUAUUUCACAGCACUUUGAAAAGCAUAUAUUGUUCCACCAGUUGUCAUGUUAUUUUUAAAUGAUGUAACACCAGCCAUCAAGUAAUGCCUCGUAUUUGGGAUGUAAACUUAAUGUGCUCAUUGGUUUCACAAUAAAUAAGUAAAAAAUCGA